GUGUGUGUGCGCAGCGGGACGGCGCAGGCAGACAUUACUGCCCUACACUCCACCUGAGCUCCACCUCCGCUAAUUGUACCCAAAUUCACCGCUAAGUGCCCUCUCCCAGCCUCCACUCCCACACCCAACCCACACUGGAUUACUAAAGAUGAUUUUAAACGCCACGUUAGCAUUAUGAGAUGGAGGGUACAUAAACUGAGAUGAUGAGAAAGACGGCCAAAUCUCGGUCUACUGAAAGCUCUGCUGCAGCCGAGCGUUUAGCUGACUACAAAGGAGAUUUUGGCAGUGCAGGUGGGUGCUCAGCUGGGGAGGAUCAGGGUGGAGGUGGGUGCUGCAGCAGUGGCGGUGGAGGUAGCAAUACUGACAACCCUCCAGUCUCCAGCCCAUCUACCGCCAACAGUGGUGGUGGCUGUGGUGGAACUGGCACACAGCUUAGUUCACAAAAGGAGGGAUCUCAGCACACGCAACCUACCACUGCCAUCCAGCACACUUCCUCAGCCCCUGCAGCAAAAGACCUCAGCAUAAAGGGCAUGAAGGAAAAAAAGGCUUCCACAAACUCGUUGGGGUCUGGGGACAGCAGCCAUGUAAAAGUUGUGCGGGUUAUUGUUGAUGACUCCAAGCCCAAGCCUACGACUAAGAAGAACAAGCCCAUACAAGCUGAUUUGGAUGUUUCUAAGGAAUUCAACAGGUGCAAGGAUGAUGGAGCCCAGCGUUUGGACCUCAGCAACUCGAGCAUCAGUCACUUACCAUCAUCAGUGCAGAACCUCACACACCUGGUCGAGUUUUAUUUAUACAGUAACAAACUGGUCACAUUGCCUCCUGAAAUUGGGCAUUUGGUAAAUCUACAAACCCUUGGCUUGUCAGAGAACUCCCUCACAUCUUUACCAGAUACCUUAGCUAAGUUGGAGAAGUUACGAGUUCUUGACUUGCGUCACAACAAGCUGAAUGAGAUCCCUGAUGUGGUGUAUAAGCUGACAUCUCUCACCACACUGUUUCUCAGGUUCAACAGGAUCAAAGUUGUUGGAGAAGACAUCAGGAACCUCAAAGUAUGUACUAUUUACUUAUUUUGUUGUUGCAGGUAUAAUCAGUUGACUGCUGUCCCUCGAUCACUUAGCAAGUGCAUCAACCUUGAUGAAUUUAAUGUUGAGGGUAACCAGAUUUCCCAGCUUCCAGAGGGCCUCCUUAGUUCUCUUUCUAAUCUUUCAUCCCUCACUCUAUCACGAAAUGCCUUCAACUCAUAUCCAGUUGGAGGGCCAUCUCAGUUCACUAAUGUUCAUUCUAUUAACCUGGAGCACAACCUUGUUGACAAGAUACCAUACGGUAUCUUUUCCAGAGCCAAGUACCUUACCAAGCUCAACAUGAAUUAUAAUAAGCUCACCUCUCUUCCACUUGAUAUUGGGUCAUGGAUGAACAUGGUGGAACUUAAUUUAGGCACGAAUUAUCUGACCAAAGUACCCGAUGAUAUAUCACAUUUACAGAACUUAGAGGUUCUUAUACUAUCAAACAAUCAUCUCAAGAAAAUUCCCUCAAGUAUAGGCAACUUAAGGAAGCUUCGGGUGCUGGAUCUUGAAGAAAACCGCCUGGAAGGGCUUCCUCCUGAGAUUGGUUUUCUCAAAGACCUUCAAAAGCUUAUAGUCCAGUCCAAUCAAUUAUCAGUUCUACCACGAGCAAUUGGACAUUUGAUGAAUCUGACUUAUCUUAGUGUAGGAGAGAACAACUUGAGCUACCUUCCAGAGGAGAUUGGAACACUGGAAUCCUUGGAAACACUUUACAUCAAUGACAAUCCACUACUGCACAACCUGCCCUUCGAAUUGGCUCUCUGCACAAACCUGCAGAUAAUGUCUAUUGAGAAUUGCCCUCUAAGUCAGAUACCUCCUGAGAUUGUGGCUGGUGGCCCAUCUCUUGUUAUCCAGUUUUUGAAGAUGCAGGGUCCAUACCGCACAAUGUGAGGAAACUGUCUCCUAUUGACAUUAUAAACAGAAGUAAGAAAGCAUGCAUCAUGACGAGCAGCUUUUACAGUGGCUGCUGUUUCUGGGAACUGCUUCAACUUACUGCAGCGCCUAGGUUGUUCCUGCUACUACUCCUGCACCCAAAAUUCUAAUUGCUGCUUGUGAUUCUGGGUGGUCCAGUAGCUGGAUAUCCAUGUUGUUUCCCAGUGUGGCACUACGAAAGGUUAACAGGCUGCCUGCGAGUAUGGUGCCUGCAGGCCACCUGUGUCAUUGGGUGACGUAAGAGAAAACAUUGGAUAUGUGUUAGGGAUUCAGGCUUCCCUGUAAAAUGUGAUAUUGUGCUUUUCUUGUUAGAUUUAAGUGUGUGGCCAGGCCAGUGGAGAAAUUGGUAGUAAUGUGUACCUGGCCUUGGUGUGGUGGUGCGCAAUAUGACAAGCGUGGUAAUGGGCUGUGGUGGUGUUUGAAGGAGGCCCUAAUUACCCAUCUUGGCUAAGGUGCAAAGUACAUACAAUACUGUAUCUAUUAAAAAGUAUAUAAAAGCAUUAAAACAAAAUGUAAGAGAAUGACCACCACCUGUCCAUUCUGGCUAAGUUUAAUGGUAGUUUCUGGUGUUACAAGUAGGAAAUUAUAUAAACUCCAACACUACUAGCUACCUAUCCUGGCCAUGAUGUGUGGUGUAUGGUCAAACAAGCAUGGUAUGGGGCAGCUGCAGUGUGAGGAAGAGGCUCCCCCAAUUCACCACUGAUGGUAGCAACCUGAGAGGAAAAAGUGCUUGUGCUCAUUGUCAAAUGUUGAUUGUGCAUGUAUGGCUGUGCAUGCACAGUGUGACAAAGUGAGGUAGCCCUGGUGGUGUGGCUCUGGUCUCCCCCCUAUACAAUGCCAUUCACUGACUAUCAGUUGGUAGUCAUGUGUGACUUCUCCCCCAGCUCCACAUUGACUACCAGAUAGUUACUGGAUGAUGUUGAAGCAGUGCCAGCCACUGGGCCCACCUUCAUUCUGUGCUGCUUUUGUGUGAGUGUCCUUGUGUAUAUAUGUAACAUAAGCCUGCUAUUAGGUUGCUUCAAACCAAUGCUGAUUUAUCCUCUCACGACACUGCUGCACCCCAAACCAUUGCUUUGGUGUGUGUCUGAGAGCGUGUGUGUCUGUCUGUCUUUUCAUAUGUACAGUAUAUUGUAGUGAGUGUUAACUGUCACAGAAAUUACACAAAAAUUGUGUGGAUGUGAAUAUCAGUAUUUUCUAGAAAGGCCUGAUUUGCUUUGCCAUGUAAAUAUUUGCUUUUAACUAACUCAGUCCAGGAAUAAUAUGUGAAAGUGGAAAAAAUCUAUCAUACUUUGCUUCCUGUGCCAAGCUAAGGCUUCUUUUUUUCUAUUUAUAUAACUUUUUAAAAAAUCUCUUUUAGUUAUUUUUGAAGCCAUGAGACUAAGUUUGGUGGCGACAAUGGACCAGUGUGUCUUGUGGUGGACAGUGAAAUUGUCUUUGUUUGAUAUAUCCAUACCAUGUAGUGGAUGUAUUAAAUAAGGUGUUCAACUGCAAAUGUUUUGAUUACCGUAGGUGGAUGACGUCUGAGGCACCUGUCUUGGAAUUUUAUCACCCACAUUACCCCCCACCAGUAGAAAAGGACUCAACACUUUGCAAGGAAGGUCAAAACACAUUCAUGUAAUAUUUCUACAAACCCCCAUUUCCCCUAGAGGCUCAUUGGUGCUCUACAACUGGAGCCUCAUUCCUCUCUGAUUUAUAAAAGGUGGAUGCAUAUAUCCUAAAAGAAAAAUGUGAUUGUGUAAUGCUACACAGUAAUCUUCAAAAAUAAUCCCAGAUGGAUUAUAUGUGGUCAUAGUGUUAUGCAAGUUAUUAAUGACACCCUUUGGAGCAACAAAGACAUGAUUAUGGUAUGUGGUGCAAGGCUAUGUGGGCAUUACGCCAGAUGAUGAAGUUAAAAACAUGGUUACAUAUGUUUGGAAAUGGAGCUCUUUGAAUCUAGUAGAUGGCCAGCUGACAUGCCUUUGCACUCUUAGUUGGCUUGAACUGGACAAUGUUGUACACUACAGUGUUCAAGUUGCUGCUUUGAAGAUUGAUAUUUCAUCUUCAAGAACUGCAAGGCAGUUAGGUUUUAGUGUACUUCAGUGAUUACUGCUGCAAACUCCUUGAAGCAGCUGUGAAAAAUAACCUAGUCAGUGUCCCGUGGGAUGUUGUGCCUGUAGGCUGGUCUGUCGUUGGUCUAAGACACCUCCCACACCAUCCAUUGCUUUGUAGCCUCAAAACCCCACAGAAAUAACCAAUGCUUAUUACUCAAAUGGACAUGCUGUGUAUCAGUCGCCUCUCAAAAAUGUUACUCAAUAAACCUGUAGGUGAAA